AUGAACAGUGUUAUGAAGCUUGUCGAGCACACGUACAAUAAGCGGAGCAACAACACUUGCAGGGCAUGCCCUGAGCUAAGAGGCAAAUUAGAAGAGGAAGUGGGUGCCAAGAAGCCCAGCGAGGCUACCUACACGAAGCGAAUUGCCCUGCAAGCGUCCCUCGAACCAAAUAUUCGCUUUACACGUGGCGUGGCGCGAGAAAUCGCACUGGCACAGAGUCUCAGACUGGCCCAUGUCUCACAAAUGGGUGAAAACAAACGAAGAGAAGAGUGA